CAAGGACUGAUGUGACUCCAGUGUGGCAGCCAGGAACGAUACCUCGAUACAGAUAUGACGCUGGGCCACUAUCUUUAUUUAACUUCUCUCGUCUUACUUUGCACUCACGCGCUCCCCCGGUCGUCUGGCAGAUCAGCUCGCGCGCCAGCUGCAAAAGUCCGUUUAGCAGGAAUUGGACGCAGAGAAAACGAAGGACGCGUCGAAGUCCUUCACAACAAUACGUGGGGAACUGUCUGUGACGACGAAGUCGACAUUAAAUUAGCUAUUGUUGUUUGUAGAGAACUGGGCUUUCAAACCGCAAUCACAUGGGCACACAGUGCGAAGUACGGAGAGGGAGAGGGCCCUAUUUGGAUGGAUAAUGUGCGCUGUAAGGGGUCAGAGAAAACUCUCAAAGACUGCAAGUCAAAUGGAUGGGGGAUCCAUGACUGCAAGCACGCUGAAGAUCUGGGGGUGGUCUGUAGCCCUGAGAGAAGGCUGGACCAAGUGCAUCCUGGAGUCACUAUACGAGCACAUGCUAUUGCUCUUAGAACCAACAUUACAACCUCAAACCGGUGGAAAGAUAUCUACUCCAGGCCAAGGUCUACUUCUUCUUGGCAGGGCAAUGGACACCCACAAGACUUCUCAAGGCAGGGUCAUUUUUCCAGACAACAGUUACAUUAUCCGUCUGGUAGUAAGGUGAGGAUCGAAGAAGUUCGUCUGCGUCCUAUUCUGAUGGCUACCAAGAAACAUGCACUGGUGACAGAAGGUGUUGUGGAAGUGAAGCAUGCUGGGAGAUGGAGGCAGGUGUGUGACAAAGGUUGGAGCCUGAACAGCAGCAGAGUGGUGUGUGGCAUGCUGGGAUUCCCGGAUGCAGAGCAGCCCAGCAUGAAUACUUACAAAAAAAUAUGGGAUGAAAAAAUUAAGGACCCAUCAACCAGGCUGAGUUUCAUGGCCAGAAAGAAGAGUUUCUGGGUGGAGAAGGUGCAUUGCCUGGGUACAGAGUGCAGCCUGGCAGAGUGCCAUGCCCAGCUGUCCAUCCCCCGCAGUGCCGGCCCCUGUAGGAACGGGCACCAUGCUGUGGCCCGCUGUGUACCAGGUCACCAGUUCUCACGCCUGUCCUCAGGGAGGCCUCAAGCCCCACACCCUGUUGAGCUAGUGGUGCGUCUGAAGUCAGGGCCUCGUUUGGGGGAGGGCAGGGUGGAAGUUCUGCGUGAGGGAAAGUGGGGAACUGUGGUGGAUCAUCUUUGGGAUCGCAUCUCUGCCAGUGUGGUGUGCAGAGAACUGGGCUUUGGUACUGCCAAGGAGGCCCUUACUGGAGCAUACAUGGGCCAAGGAACAGGCCCAAUUCAUAUGAACUCAGUACAAUGUACAGGAACAGAGCGUUCCAUAUUGGAUUGCUUCUUCCAGGAAGUCCAGCCCUGGACAUUCAAGCACACUCAAGAUGCCUGUAUCAAAUGUAAUGUUCCCAAGACAAGCAUGCAGAAUAAAGUACGGUUAGCAGGGGGCAGAGAGGCAGCCGAAGGCCGUGUAGAAGUGCUCAUGGAGGUGGGGGGCAACAAGCGAUGGGGAUCAGUGUGCAGUGAGAACUGGGGCAUUAAUGAGGCAAUGGUGGUCUGCAGGCAGCUGGGCUUCGGGUUCGCUGCACGAGCCCAUCAGGACACAUAUUACUGGCCAGGAGACCCUGAUGCCCAGGAGGUGCUGCUGAGUGGGACUCACUGUGUGGGCACGGAACUGUCCGUCCAGCACUGCCGUCGCAACAACUAUGUCCACUGCCCUCGUGGAGGAGGAGCCAGAGCAGCUGGGGUCACUUGCUCUGAGACUGCCCCUGACCUGGUGGUGGAUGCCCAGCUGGUACAGGAGACGGCAUAUCUGGAGGAUCGGCCACUGCACCUGCUCACCUGUGCCCAUGAGGAGAACUGCCUGUCCUCCUCAGCCAACCGCAUGAACUGGCCCUAUGGUCAGCGACGUCUGCUGCGCUUCUCCUCUCGCAUUAUGAACCUGGGGAGGGCAGACUUCAGGCCCCGUGCAUCCCGAGAGUCCUGGACCUGGCACCAGUGCCACAGGCACUACCACAGCAUUGAAGUGUUCACACAUUAUGACCUUCUCACACUGAAUGGAACUAGAGUGGCCGAAGGACACAAAGCCAGCUUCUGCCUGGAGGACUCAUUUUGCCCUGAAGGGCUUUAUAAACGCUUUUCCUGUUACAACUACGGAGAUCAGGGAAUUUCUGUGGGCUGCUGGGACACGUAUCGCCAUGAUAUUGACUGCCAGUGGGUAGAUAUCACAGAUGUUAGGCCUGGGGAUUAUAUUUUCCAGGUAGAAGUAAACCCAUCCCUGGACAUGGCAGAGUCAGACUUUAUGAAUAAUGUAAUGCGCUGCAGGUGCAGAUAUGAUGGGCACAGAAUUUUCAUGUACAGCUGUCAUACAGGCGAUGCUUACAGUGCUGAGAUUGAAGACUUGUUUGAGCAUCAGCGCCAGAUCACCAAUAACUUCAUCUGAGCUGAGUGAAGAGUGUAUUGUGAGGAUAGCGUCUGCUGGGGUGGCACUCAGGAAAAUGACCUAUAUUACACCAUAGACUUUGAAUAAAAUCUCCUUUUUACUGACCCUAAACACAUCUACCUACACCUACUGGAGAAGGAAAGUUGCAAGACUUUGCAUCUAAUGAGUGGACAGACAUAAAAUGGCAUGAAAUCUAGUAGCUGAUUAGGCCGCACCUUACUGACUGAUUAAAUGUCUUACUUUAUAUCGUUAGGCCAGUUGUUUUGAGAAUACAUUCAAUAAGAUUUAUUAAAAAUUACUGGGAAUUUUUGUACAGUUUACCGGCUGGUGGAUGAAAAAUUAUGAGUGCAAGUAGUUUUACCUCUCAUUAAUUUGUGAAUUUGCUUUUUAAACAAAUACUAGUAUACAAGUACUGAUUUAGAGAUUAAGAUAUUUUUGCUGGAUUUGAGUGCAAUUCAAUUCUCUUAAGUUUAUCCAGGUAUUAUAUUUCUUUACAGGUGAGUGGAUAUUUUUAGAAAAGUUUCAGUUGUUUUCUUUGAGUGAUGCACUUUAUUUAUUGACCAUCAGUAUUCUUGUAGAAAUUACCCAGGGAUCAGUUUAGUGAUCUUUCUUUCUUGACUUUCUUCCUUGAAUUCUUUCUUACUUGACUUCUUGACUUAUUUGGUAUUUAUCCCCUUAUAUAUUUUAUACUUUGUUCUGGUUAAUUGCCUUCUGUUAAUGAAUACCUGAUAUUCUUGAAGUGGUUAUAUAUUACAGUAUGCAUUGUUCAAUUUGUGCUGCUGGUUAAUUUAUUUUAAUACUUCAUUAGCUAAACUAAUUUCAU